AUGAAGAUUCUCGAGAAUCUGAGCGAGCAUGACUAUCAGGUCAACAUCGAAGAAAACAAAGAGUCUGGCAGGCGAUCUUUGGCCUCGGCCAAGUAUCUUUGCAGUGAUCCCAAGUCCCGGACCAGGAAAGCUUUGAUGCGUAUCUACGCACAAGUCCCCCAUGGGAAGACUGAGAUGCACGAUACUGCCACCCGAAGCCAACAAGCCACAACCUUCGAGCCCCUCGAAUUGAUCGCCUACCGAGACCUUACCGAACGGGGCUCGAGCGAGACACCUGGGCUUCUUGGAUACAAGACCGGUAAACAGGAUCGCUCCGGGCUAGUCCCGGGUGGAUUUAUGAUCUGGCUUGUGUGGGAGAUUGUCCCAGGGCUGCGCCUCGGAGACGGCAAUGGCGCGGACGCAUUCUGGGCUCUCGAAAGUGACGAAAGGGAGCGUGUUCGCAUGGCUCUUAUCAAUGGUCUAGCGUAA